GUUUCCUAAUGCACCUCCUAAACAACUAGGGCUCCCAUCACUCCUAGCACUGUCAAAUUAUUUGCGAGCUGCUAUGUUCUCAACUAGAUGAAUGUUAUGGAUAACAACAGGGAUAUAAUAUUAUAAUAUCCAUUUCAUACUUCUUCCAAUUCCUUUUCAGGGCAUUGAAUGAUUUUGAAAGUGUCUUUAGGCAAACCUCAGACAUUUUCUUUCUACUAGCUCUUCAAUCACUGAGACUGUGCAUGUAACUUUUGUAUUUCUAUGUAAUCGUUCAUGAAUGACUCAAAUUUUCAGAUUUUGGUAGCUGCAGGUGCUCUCUGCAACGAACAGAAGCUAGUGAAAGAACGCAGACCAGCCUCUGAAUCUUUGGAGCAAUGAUAGCUCACGGCUCAGUGAGAAUGUGUCGGAUGAAAGAGGCUUUGGCACAAAUGGUCCUCAUCCUUUCAUUAAGCAUUCCAUCUGCCAAUUCCGAAUCCUUUGACAAAAUUUCUUUCAAUUUCCCAUCUUUUCAAUCGAACGAUCAGCGAAUAACUUUUCAGGGCAAUGCCUCUGUCCUGAACCCCGUCAUCCAACUCACUCUAGGGGCGCCAUCGGAGAGACCCACACGCAUAAUUGGCCGAGCAAUAUAUCAUCAACCUAUGCACCUGUGGGAUAGUUCAACAGGGAAUGUGGCAGAUUUUGUUACCCAGUUUACUUUCGCUAUCAAUUCCCAUAGGAGCAACUCCCAUGCUGAUGGAUUGGUUUUCUUUCUCGCUCCCAAUGGAUCGCAGAUCCCUGAAGGCUCAGAAGGAGGCUCUCUAGGCCUUACAGGUUCAUAUCCAAACUCUACCAACUCUAGUACCGCAUUUGUUGCGGUAGAGUUUGAUACUUUCUAUAACCGUUCAACAAAUCAAUCGGAUCCGCUCUGUUAUCAUGUGGGUAUUGAUGUAAAUAGCCUAAUUUCUGUCAGUAAUACUUGUGUCUCAUGGAUGAAUGACAGAAUACUCCUUGGUCAACGACUCCAUGCUCAGGUCACAUACAAUUAUAGAGCAAUGAACUUGAGUGUUGUUUUUAGAGAUGAUGCUGAUAAUUAUACCAGCCUCUACUAUCAGCCAGUCAAUCUGACAGAGUACUUGCCGGAGUGGGUGGUU